CAUUUUGUUAGCCCUGUGUAGCUGUGUAGAUUUCGUUCAUCAAAUUUCAUUGAAAGUAACAGCUUGUAUACGUUUUUGCUUAUGUUGUGUUUUUGAUUAGAGGCUUUUAUGUUAGAAUACGACGUGUUUGUCCGCUGACAUUAAACACAGUCAUUCAUUUUUCGAGCCGCUUUGAGUUUGCUAGCUCUUUGGCUAGCUGGCUAACUUGUUUACGUGUUUCGUUUGGAGGAAACGUUUCACCGUCAUGACCGCCAGCUUUUAAAUGUUUCAGCUAUCGAAUAAGCACGAUUUGUCCGCUUAUGACUCCCGUCGUUUUGCUCUCUCAAUUUAGUUUUCAUUGAAGAAAAGUUAAGCCAAGUUCGGGAAUCUUCAAACUCUACGUGUACCAUUGUAAUUAACUCGAGCUCCGUCAUCGGCUGACUGUUGUCGGUUCAGCGCUCGGCCAACCCGAAGCAACAUGUCAGAGCUGUACAUUCGGGUGGCUGAGGAUGAGAAUGAGGAGCCCAUGGAGAUCCCCUCCGAGGACGAUGGGACUGUUCUGCUUUCCUCGGUGUCAGCCCAGUUCCCAGGGGCUUGUGGUUUGCGGUACAGAAACCCGGAGUCCCAGUGCAUGAGGGGAGUUCGGUUGGUAGAGGGAGUCCUGCAUGCACCAGAGAGCAGCUGGGGAAACCUGGUCUAUGUCGUCAACUACCCCAAAGAUAACAAAAGGAAGAUGGAGGAAAUAGACGCAGCAUCGGCUGUUAAAGUAAAAAGAGGGUUUCAGAAAACAUCUGAUCUCAUAGUGCUCGGGCUGCCUUGGAAAACAACAGAACAAGACCUGAAGGAUUAUUUUAGUACCUUUGGGGAGGUCAUCAUGGUGCAGGUGAAGAGGGAUGCAAAAACUGGCAAUUCAAAAGGAUUUGGGUUUGUCCGCUUUGCUGACUAUGAGACACAAACUAAAGUCAUUGCUCAGAGACACAUGAUUGAUGGACGAUGGUGUGACUGUAAGCUUCCAAACUCAAAGGCAUCUCCUGAUGAACCGAUGCGGAGCCGUAAAAUCUUUGUGGGGCGCUGCACAGAGGACAUGACGACAGAUGAUCUGAGGCAGUACUUCAUGCAGUAUGGGGAGGUCACUGAUGUCUUUAUUCCCAAACCUUUCCGGGCGUUCGCAUUUGUCACAUUUGCUGAUGAUCAGGUUGCCCAGGCAUUGUGUGGAGAGGACCUGAUCAUCAAGGGCGUCAGCGUGCACAUCUCCAACGCUGAGCCCAAACACAAUAACAUUCACCAACUCUUUCACAAUUUCCCGGGAGGAGUCACAUCAUUGGCUGCAAUGCUCGGCAGAUCUCAGUAUCCCUCCUCCCACAUGUAAAUGCUUUAUCAUCCGAGGUCACAGCUUCAGUCUGCGUAUACAGUGUUAGACGGUGGGUGUUGCCUUUCUUUCCUCUCUUUUUCUGUUUUUAUUUUUCGGGAUAUAGGGUCUGCCACUGUCGCUUUUUGAUCUCGAUGAAUGGAUUCGGUGUUGGACUGAAUGAGAGUGAGCAAAAGGACGGAAAGCAAGUACUGUUUGUGCUUUAUUUUUCUUUUUUUGAAAGACAAAUGCCUGGGAGAGAUGAGAAGAACCUGUGGCUUUUUGUGCGAGUGUGAGAGAAAGAAGCAAAGUACGUGUGUGUUCUCAGUGACCAUCACAAGGACAUUUGUUAACAUCUCAAGAGCCCAGAUUUUUCUACUUUCUCAUAUCGUUUUCUAUCCAACCCUGAUUCUUUACAAAAAAACAAACAAACACUGAAUUGUCAAGUGCUUUGAAUAUCUAUAUAUUUUAGUAGAUCUUUUCUUGCUGUCCAGUUCGAUGUGAAUGCCUGUGUUAUUUUCUCCUUGUUACCACCCUGUUUGUGUGAAAAUGUGACUUUGUUUGUGAAGUCUGUGUGCAGGCGGGGAAACACAGAAAGAGUGCUGAAGUUUGGGCGAUGUUCCUGGUGAAUGUUUGAACAGAUCCCAUUGGAAGUUUGUGUUUGAAGUGGUUUUGAAUGCAUUUUCUAUGUUUUGUGAAUUAAAGGGAAGUGUGAAAUAAAACUUAAUUUGACUAGGAGGAAAAUACCCUCUUGACAAAGACUUGUUUUUGACUUUAAUCGAACUGCCAACACUUUAAUUCACAUGUUUAGGUUCGACAGAUAUGGAAAAGCCAGGCUUUCUUCUGAGCCCUGGUUUGGAGUCUGCUGUGCUGAAGAUGAACGGGAAACCGCCUUAAAUACGGAAGGAUCUACUUUGCCUCAUUAGCAAGAAAAAUUCAACCACUUAUUUAGAUGGCAUAAUGAUCAAAUCACAUGUUUGUUUUCUUCAGAUAUUGUAUCAAGUUAAAUUUAUGUAUUAAAUUGUCAGUGUUGCCCUCUUAAGAUUUCUACCUCACUGGAACAUUUUCAUGAACAUAUUCCCAUUCACAAGUCACUGAUAUAUGAAAGUAUAAAAUGUGAAACUAUCAAUGUCAAGGUUUGUAUUAGCGCAGCAGGAUAGAUUAACUGCUGUUUACUUUCGUGAAGUGUAUUUUCAUUUUGCAGUCUAAAGAUUUGAGUGCAAAAUCCCACUUUGUUUUGAGAUGCUAGAGUUGCAUUGUAAAAUAAAGAAUAGUUUUUUUAAUAAUAUCUGGUCUCGAUGUUGGUAAAAUGGAUUUGUCUUUGGAAAGAGUUGG